UUCAUUUUUGUUUUACUAUUUCACUUUUAGACUAUUUUACGGAUCCUAUCAUAAGUAGAGUAAUCUCAAUCGCCACGGAACAAAGCUUCUCCUCUCUUGCUCUUCUCUUCCAACUCUCGUUUCUUGAAAGAAUCGACGUUAACUCGCCACAAUCGUCAGUCGUUGACUCGUUGCAACCGGGACACCAACUCGCCGGUCUCCUCUUUUGACUCGCCGCACUGCUCUCAGCUCCUCGCUAACAAACGAAUUCAAGUAAAAGAUAAUUUGCCAAAUAAGGAACACAGAAGAAGUGUGAAGUUUAUUUUGGACCUAUCAAAAAAGGAAAGUGUGAAUUUCAUCUGGGAGCAGAGUAAAUAUUAUUUGUGUUUUUGGAUCUAUUUGUGAAAAAUGCCCAAACAUAAUUACGCCCUUGAGUUUGGUGGGACAUCUUCGUCUUCAUCCAAUUUGUAAUAAAUCUCCAUUCGUUUUUGCAUUGAAGAUUUCAUACUAUGGUGUAUACUACCGUACUAUUGAGUAUAAUAAUUUGAGCAGCAGGCGCAACGUGAUGAAAAUAAGAGUCCACUACUACCUACUCUCACUUGUUCUACAAAUACUACAACUACUGUUAACCGGAGAUUCUUCUGCUUUUGGCUUAGAACCUGGAAUGACCAAUGACAAUCUUCAGAAUCAUCUCAAAAGAUCCCACUUUCCGGAUCAAUUCCUUUUUGGAGUCGCCACCUCUGCUUACCAGAUUGAGGGAGCCUAUCUUGAAGAUGGUAAAGGGCUUAGUAAUUGGGAUAUCUUCUGUACCAUCAAAGGGAAAACACACAAUGGGGAGACUGGAGAUGUUGCAGAUGAUCACUACCACCUUUACAUGGAAGACAUUGAUCUGAUGCAACAUCUUGGGUUGGAUGCAUAUAGACUUUCCAUCUCAUGGGCCCGAAUCUUACCCAAGGGGAGAUUUGGCGGUGUAAAUCAAGCUGGUAUUGAGUUUUACAACAAUGUUAUAGAUAAUGUGAUAUCCAAAGGAAUAAAACCUUUCGUAACGAUCCAUCACCAUGACUAUCCACAAGAACUUGAGUACAGAUAUGGAGGUUGGCUUGAUUCCGAGAUGCAGGCAGACUUUGUGUACUUUGCUGAAAAAUGCUUUGAGAGUUUUGGAGAUAGAGUGAAGUACUGGAUUACAAUCAAUGAGCCAAACUUAUUUUCUGGCAUGGCAUAUGAGAAGGGGAUCUAUCCGCCUUCUCAUUGUUCGCUGCCAUUCGGAAAUUGCACUUCAGGCAAUUCAGAUGUUGAGCCUCUUAUUGCAAUGCAUAACAUGUUGUUGGCACAUGGCAAGGCCGCAAAGGUGUACCGUGAGCAAUUUCAGCCUAAACAAGGUGGGUUCAUUGGAAUAACUGCACACAUGUUCAUGUACGAGCCUUUUUGUAAUGAUGAUGUGCAUGAUCAUGAAGCUGUCAACAGAGCAUUAGCGUUUAAUGCGGCUUGGACAUAUGAUCCUUUAAUAUAUGGUGAUUAUCCUCUAGAAAUGCGUUUCUACCAUGGGAGUGAAUUACCAAACUUCACCUCAGAGGAAAAAGCCCUUAUAAAAGACAGUGUCGACUUCAUUGGCAUAAACCAUUAUGGCACUUUGUAUGCAAAAGAUUGCCUUUAUUCAAGCUGCAACUGCACUGGAUCUAGCUGUAGCAAUGGUGGAGACCGAGUUAUAGAGGGAUUCGUGUAUACUACUGGAGAGAAAGAUGGUGUUUUUAUUGGAGAACCGACAGGCAGCCCUCGGUUUUUUGGUGUUCCUAGAGGAAUUGAAAAGAUUGUGGAUUAUGUUAAGGAAAGAUAUCACAAUAAGCCCAUGUUCAUAUUCGAAAACGGGUACUCUUCACCAAACAAGACAACAUUAGCUCUUGAAGUAGAGCUGGACACCAAGAGAAUAGAGUACCAUAAAGCAUACCUUUCCCAUCUGGCACAAGCAAUGAGCAAUGGUGCUGAUGUGCGUGGGUAUUUCAUUUGGAGCUUGCUGGACUCAUUUGAAUGGAUUGAUGGUUAUGAGACGAGAUUCGGGCUGUAUUACGUAGAACCUGACACUCUGCGUCGAGUCCCCAGGCUCUCUGCCACCUGGUACCGGGAUUUCCUCACCAAGAUAAAUCUCCACAACAUGGAAAAGGCAAAUUCGACUAUGUUUUGAUCAGAGAUGAAUCUUUACAGAUACUGCAGAAGAAGUGCUGAUACAUUGUCAUCCUUUCCAUUUUCCUAUACCUGUUGUAUGUUUUUGUGUGUGUCUAAAUCCUCAUUACUUGUUAUAUGUGUGUAUACCAUUGAGCAAAUGGGAACAGGGAAGCUAACUGGCUGGCAACAAAAGCUAAGCUAGGCAAGUUUCAAGUACAGUGGUUUAUAUGUUGUAGUGUUGUACAAUGUAUGUGUGCUUCGCACUUUAAUGUGAUUGG